AUGUCAGUUGAAAAUCCAAUUUUAACCCGUGAUAAUUUAGGGAAGAAUCACGCACUAGUCACAAGAAAAAUCACGCGCCUAAGCAUCAUCAUCACGAUAUUACCAAGAUUUGCCUUGGCUCUUGCCAUGGUGUCUGUUCGUAAAUGUUUACAGCAAUUUCAACUCCUCCCUGACGAACAUCAGCAGGAACAAGAACAAGAAAUCGUAGUAGCAACCACCAAAGAAGCACAACAAGUGGUACAACCUCAAUCACAGGAGCAACAAGAGAAACAAGAACAAGAGCAAGAGCAGUCUAUAAUAAAAGAAGAACAAGGCGAAACAUAUCCUACGACUACUACAACUACCUUACCAGACUAUUCUUCUUCACCCGCAAUAGUACCCAUAAAAGCUCCUGCUCCCAUAUUUCCUUUUCACUUUCGUCACAGAUACAUAUUACCACCUCCCGCAAUACCUUAUUAUCACAUGCCAUUACAGCAUUUAGAGUUUGACGUUAUUCACGCAACUGGGUGGGACGAUAACUAUCCGCCCGAGCAGUUGAUUCCAAGAGACAGACUACAUUUUGAUGGAAGCAACAACAACCACCUUAACGCUGGUGUAAAACAUGGCAAAGGAUGGCAGUCACCAAGAUUUUGUUCGUAUCCACAAGAGAUAAUACUGCAAUUGACGAGUGGACCUGCUCGAAUUCUAAAAAUACAAAUAUUAUCACAUCACUAUAAAAUAACCAGUCAAUUAGACAUAUACGUAGGAUCUGUACAACAACGAAAGGAUAUAGUUGGCAUGGUUUCAACAAACUCUAAUAACAACAACAAUACUAAUGUAGUUAGUAAGAAUAGUAAUAGAUCAGAGACAUUACCAUGGGAUCAGAUGACCAAAGUCGUAGAUAAUGAAAAUAAUCUUGACAAUGAUGAUAACAUAAUAGCAGCGGAAGGGCCAAAAGAAUUAUCGACAGAUGAAGAUAACAUUGAUUUGGAAAAGUUAAACGAUGAGCCCUAUGUUCAUUUUCGGCGAUUAGGUUAUUGUUCGUUAGAUAGUAACGAACGAGCACAUUACAAAGCUCGCGAACUAAAAUCCGUGAGAUUAGAUACGGAAGGCGAGUAUAUACGUUUCGUGGCACGUAAAUGUCAUCCAAAUCAUUUGAAUCAGUGUAAUCAGGUUGGAAUCGUUGGAAUAACGGUGAUGGGUGAACCUGUCGAUGAUUUACUCGAUGGCGAGAGUCAGACGAUACCGCUUGAACACGUAGACGAAGAUGUCUCACGAGUAGCGUCACCUGAAACAUGUGUAGUUCCAAUAAUACAAGAUAUGAACCAAUGGAAUCCAAACGCAAAUAUCGAUAACAAAAAUUCGACGAAUAAUGAUAAUAAUUCCACAUCUUUGUAUUCUAUACUUCCUUCAACAACGGUCGAUAGUUACAAAGACGAUAACAAUAAUGUGGCCCCAGAAAAACCGACAGACUUUUUACAGGAUUCAGAACAAACUGCUACCUUGGUUUCUGCAUUUGGCAGAGCCAAAGAGAAGGCUGUUAAAAUUGAGGAUUUCCAUCUGGCCAAAGUGUUCAAGAGCUCUAUUGAACUAGUACAAAAUCAAAAAGCAAUUAAAGACGAAGACUAUGAUAAUGCUGCAAAGUAUAAGGCAAGUAAGAAAAUCGAAGAAAUAAAAACAAAUGUCCAAAACGCAAUUAUUGAUGAGGGAAUACAGCUGGAUGAAGAUGGAGAGGUUGUCGUUUCUGAUGUCAAUGAUAUUGUUGGAUUAGCGGAGCGUCCGCAAGUGCCGCCUCUUGCUGAGACUGUUCAUGCACCAUCGCCUCCGAUAUCUCAACCAACAACAAUAUCACGUAAGAACACUCCUGACAUAACUUUCAAUGAUCACAUAAACCACCAACAACCAAGACGUCAAGACAGUACCCAUCAUAAAAGUCAACGAAACACUGAUAAACAUCCACAUCAUCUGAUCAUAAAAACUGACGAUCUACAUCGUUCACCAUCUCCAUUAAAUCUCGCCCCAAAAAGUCGAACAAGUAGUAACGCUUCACGUAUGAACGCGUCCGAUCAAGAACCGUUGACUCCAACAUCACCAACAUCACACAAAGCAACAUUAUUUUCGACUCCUGCUGAUGAACGUCCAUUGCCUGCUCUCUCUCAUUCUAGAUCACCGGUUAUUCCUCCGGUGGUUGAUGAUGAUGAUGAAUUAGAAGACCUUUCGGAUCUUGGUCGAUCAGCAUUUGCAUUGUCUGUUUCGAUGUUCGGUGAUAGAAUAGUUGCGUGCUUAUUGUCGAAGAAAUUCAAGUGGCGCGAAACUGCUUUGACUGAAGUUAUUCAAAGACUCGAUGUGACGCAAGGGAAAGGAUAUGAUAUUGAGGGUGUCGAUAAAGUGACCAUGGUAAAAGCUGCAUUCCAAGUAUUGCAAGAAGGAUUUACUGACAGUCGAGAAAAAUUGACCUUGCAAACUAUCACUUUGUGGGAAGCAUUAACUAAUUUCGCUCUUCAUCACCAAGUACCACAAUCAUCAACUUCAAAACUAAUCGAAAAAAACUUUCCAUCACUAUUUGCCAAAAUGUCCGACACAAAUCCACGCAUAAAACAACACGCCACCGAUCUUUUUGUCAUGCUCGCGAAAACAUAUCGAUCACCGAACCAAACGGUCGUCUCACUCGUACUGAAACCAUCACACUCUCAAACUCAACUACCGAAACAAGCAAAAGCCAAAGUGGAAAUUAUCACUCGACUAGUUGAAGAAUUUGGAAUCGCUAUGAUCCCUAAAGGCAAAUUCGAAAAAGAUACAGGUCUUAGUCUCGAGGGUGUUAUGGAAGUGGCGGUCUCUUAUUUGAAUCACAGUAAUGGAGAAGUUCGUGAUGCUGCUGUGAAAUUGGUCGUUGAAGUUUGCCGAAAUUCAUAUUCGAACAUUGAGGCUGUCAAGAGAUACCUUGAUGGUGUCAAGCCACUAAUUGUUGAUAAUAUUUGUAAACUUGUGAGUGCUCUUCCUGCUCCUCCUCCAGUUUUAACGAUGCUUGAUGUUGACGAAGAACUCUUACAACGUCCAUUAGCAAAACGAGGAACUGUUACACGUCUCGAACAACAACUUAUGGAAGUUAGAGCGUUGGUAAACAAUGUAAACCAUUUUGUCGCUGAUGAUUAUAACACUUAUAUCGCCAAUACAAAGAAAAAUACAGCACCAGAAUCUUGUGGAAAUGAUGAUCAGGUCAUUUCGCCUGCACAAUCCGAGCCAACAGAAGUUGCACCUAAAGUUGAUCCCAUUCCAGUUAAUACAGCGACAACGAAAAAGACACCGGCCGCUCGUACAAAAACUACUUCAACUGGUAAAUCUAGUACUACUGCGAAAAAACCUAAAAAAUCCGAUGAAGUUGAAUCACAGGCCCCUGCUGCUCGUAAGAGAUCCUCAUCAAAACUAGCUUCUGGAACCAGCACUCGAACCGCAUCUAAUGGUAAAUCAACAACAGCAACUACGCAUACUCGAAGAGGGUCUACAGAAGAUACCAAAAGUUCAAAACCCUCUUCCAAGAAUUCUAAACCCGUUGAGCCACCACAACCCGCGCCUGCACCUGUACCUGAAGAUGCUGAUGAUGAGUUAAAAAGUGACAGAUGCUGUAUUUUCUGUGAUGAACAUAAUGAUGCAUUUACAGAAGAAAAUUUGGUUACUCACUACUGGAAUGAUUGUCCAGUGUUGACUAAAUGUGCUUUGUGUAAUAUGAUAUUGGAAAUAUCUACAUUAGACGAUCACAUGUUAAACGAUUGUGACAAGAGCAAAUUUGUUAAACAAUGUCCUCGGUGUCGUGAAGUUAUCCCGGCUGAUAAUUAUUUGGAGCACGUCGCAACUCAAUCAUGUAUGGUCAUCCCGUCACAUAUAGUUCGAUGUCCUUUAUGUAAAAGUGUGGUGAAACCUGCCACCGAAGCAGGAUGGAAAGAACAUUUAUUGGAUGCCGACGGAUGUUCGAAAAAUCGAAGAAAGCAUAGACCUACAGUCAAUUCCGCAACCCCCGUUGUUAAUACCGCUCCAACAAAAGAACGAGAAAGCGCUCACAGUGAAAAACGACCAACCCGUUCGUCUUCGCACAAUACACCAAAACCAUCAUCUGCUCAAAGUAAAACGACGAGUCGGAAAGCCACUGCUAGUUCGACAAAGGAUAAAACGAGAAAAAAAUCAACAAUGACAAGAGUAAAGAGCAGCACAUAA